ACAGUUCCGAUGACUCCGGAGGUAUCAAGGUGCCCUCCGCGGGUGACCGGCCCAGACUCCAGGUCUGCUCCUCAUCGCUGAGGCAGUGCACACCUUCAAAGCUGCGAAAGAAUCAGAUACAUGUAGCUGAGCCUGGAUGGGCAAAACGCGAGAGAGCCGCUGGGUCACGAAGCUGGUGCAACGCUGGAGGACAGGCUGGGAUGAGUCGACGAGCCGGAGAUGGCGACUCGUAGGGGAGCAGCCGCCGGCACCGUGCUUGUUGUCAUCGCCGGGAGCUGGCGGCGGCCGCGGGAGUGUAUGCGAGCGCCCAUCCAUCCCCACGCAUCCUGGGCACCCAGUGCGUGUGCCGGUGCCGUUGGCCCAACCCUGCCACCAUCCGCGGGGCUCGUGGUAGGGGGCAGAGCCGAGGCUGCCAGUUUUCUCCGAGCACGGGCCCGAGUAGGAUGUCGCUCGAUUGUCUGCGAGAGCCGUGCUGGGUCCGCCGUCGCGCACUCGCGCCAACGAAUGACUACUGACGACCGGAAACGCGCUCUCGGCUACUUCGGGUCGCAGAGGUCGCGGUGAGUUGGUGGUGGUGGUGGCGGCGGCACGAGGCUUGCUGGAGAGAUCGCGCUACUCACGCCGGGCUCGCUGGUACAUGGGCGAAGAGGGCGCGGGGGUGGAAGAGGGACGCUGGAGAGACGACGGCGCGUGUGAGCCGCGCCGGCCGAGUGAAGUCUGAUCGAGUCGAGAUGAGGAAGAGAAGAAGCACGUGAUCGUGCGCCACUGGGAUUAACCGAGACAGUGCGAAUAUGAAGACCGAGAUGGAGGCAGAGCCCGAGUGUACAGACGGUGGUCUGUGCUCGAGCAACAACAACAACAACAACAACAACAACAACAACAACAACAAGAACAACAACAACAAUAACACCACCGGCUUCAAGAACAACGGCGUCGCCGCCGUCGUGAAGAAGGACGGCAGCGACAACUACGACGGGAUGGAGAUGGACUGCGGCGCCUGCGGGGAAAGCGUGCGCGAGCGCACUGUCCUGUGCGUAGGAGGCCGUAUUUGGCACUCCAGGUGCCUAAAGUGCUCCGUCUGCUCGAGGCCACUGUACGAUCAGCAUUCGUGCUUCCUACGAGGGAUGCGGCUCUACUGCAGACACGACUACGCCUUGGCGUUCGGCGCGAAAUGCGCGAAAUGCGGCCGCAGCGUCGGCGCCGGCGACUGGGUGCGAAGGGCCAGAGAGAGGAUUUACCACCUGGCCUGCUUCGCCUGCGACGCCUGCUCGCGUCAGUUGUCGACGGGGGAGCAGUUCGCGCUGUUGGACGCGCGGCUCCUCUGCAAGGCCCACUACCUGGACGUGGUCGAGGGUAACAACACGUCUUCGUCGGAGGACUGCGACUCCGAGCACGGCGGCAAGGGCAGCAAGACGAAGCGCGUGAGGACGACCUUCACCGAGGAGCAGCUGUCAGUGUUGCAGGCCAACUUCCAGUUGGACAGCAAUCCCGACGGUCAGGAUCUCGAGAGAAUCGCUCAAGUGACCGGCCUGAGCAAGCGAGUCACGCAAGUCUGGUUUCAGAAUUCCCGCGCGCGGCAGAAGAAGCACAGCGGCAAGAUUAAGACGCAGAUGCACCACUCGCCACCGAUACAACAUCACGCACCGGUCGACCUGUACCCCGGCGGAGUGAACGUGGUCGGCGCUUAUCUGGGCGGCUAUCAGGCCGGUAGCGCCGGCAGCGAGAGUCCAGGUAGUCCAUUAACGCCUCUGACGCCGCUCACGCCGCUCACACCGACCACGCCGAACCAUUUGCAGGCGCAAUUCUGCCACCCGGGCUAAUUCGACGCAAGGAUCCGCGCUUUCGCCGCGAGAUCGCCGCUCGUGUCACGUCCGGCGACUCCAUGCACCCAUCGUGCAUGCGUGUGGAAUCUUCCCCGAAUCAUUCGUACCAUCCCCCCCCCUCCCGCUCCCCCUGUCUUCUAUUUUGUACAUAGCGACCGAGAUCAAAUAAAGAAAGAGAAGAAAAGAGUGCGUGCGAAGGCGUUUGAUAUUGAUAAAAGAAAAAAGGAAGGAUAACGUAACGCGAGCGCGCGGAAAAGUACGCGGAAAUUGCGUACUGGGCCUUAGGCUACGCUUAUUUAUUCCAAGCUCAACUCGGUUUUCACUCGGUGUUCACGCGGAUUCGAUGUCCGCGCGAAAGACAUCCGGGGAGAGACACGGAGGACAAUGCGAGAGGAAGCGCGGAGUCGCUCUCGAGCUCCGAGCGAUUCCGGCUGAUUACGUCGUCGCACAUCCCUCCGUUCGCGAGUCUUCGCCAUAGACAGAUCUUUAAGUAAGUUACACGUAAGUUGUAUAUAGGUGAGUUCUUGCUUUUGUACAUAUACCGAACUACGCGUAGGAAGAAACGGGGAGUAAGAGAGAGAGAGAGAGAGAGGGAAGAAGAGAUGCGAGAAUUUGAUAUCCAUGCGCAAUUGUUGCUGCAAUAUUGUGCUGUUAUUAUAAUAAAACGCCUUCCGUUAUAUAAUCUCGUCGGAAUAAUUUCCCUCUCCGCCUCCUCCGCACUCUCCAUAUCCAUCCGUCUCUCUUGC